ACGAGUUGUGGGUUUGGAGCUUCCUGAGAUGGGGUUGGUGGGAACCAUAUCUCCUCAUAUUGGAAAUCUCACUUUCCUCAGGGUUCUUCAUCUCAGUAGGAAUAUGUUGCACGGUGAAAUUCCAAGAGAGAUUGGUGGUUUGUUUCGACUAAGAUAUCUCUCCCUGUCUGCGAAUGCACUGAUGGGAGAUCUGGCUAAGCUUAAUCUCAGCAGCUGCGUGCACCUUAGGGACCUCUUUUUUGCUCGAAAUGGCCUCCAGGGGAACCUCCCUACUGCAUUCCGAUUCCUACCUAAUUCGAAGAAGCUACAAGCACUAUCUCUGGAUGAUAACCGAUUGACAGGUGGAAUUCCUCCUACUAUUGGGAAUUUGUCAUCACUUCAAAAGCUGGGGUUGGAGAAGAAUCAUUUGAAGGGACGUAUUCCGCAUGAGAUUACGCGGUGUUGGGAUUUAAAUUUGCUUUCACUUGCCAUCAACAAUUUCACUGGUACACUAUCUCCUUCUUUCUUCAAUAUGAGUUCAUUACAAACUAUUUCAGUAUCCGAAAACUCACUUGAAGGGACCAUUCCAAGCUACAUAGGAGACACUCUGCCAAACUUGGAAAUAUUUUAUUUUGGUGGAAACAAAUUCCAUGGGACUAUCCCUAUUUCAUUUCCCAACGCCUCUAAGCUUCAAAUUCUUGAGGUACCACAAAACCAUCUUGUAGGUAAAGUCCCACCUUCUUUGGUUUCGUUAAAGAGCAUUACACAUUUGGAUAUCUCAAACAAUAAGUUGACGGGAGAGAUACCAAGAGACCUCCAAAAGCUCCCUCUCUUGCAAUAUUUGAACCUUUCAUUCAAUGAUCUAGUGGGGGAGGUACCAACAGUUGGAGUGUUUGCAGUGGCAACCAAUGUAUCAUUGCUUGGAAACAAAAAGCUAUGCGGUGGUAUAGCUGAGCUAAAGUUGCCUCCAUGUCCUGUGAAGAAAGCAAAACACACAAACCAUUUAAAGCUUAUGAUUGUUAUCUUCACAUGUAUCUGCCCGGCUCUGGUGUUUGCAUCAUUCAUUGCUUUUCUAACAUUGUGUUGGAGGAAAGAAAAAAGCUUGGAGUCAGCUAAGCCAUCCAAAGUUGAACAGCUUUCCAAAAUCCCUUAUACAGACCUGCAUCAAGCUACUGAUGGUUUUUCCGAGACAAAUUUGAUCGGUUCGGGAAGUUUUGGCUCCGUUUACAAAGGAAGAUUUGAACAAGGUGGAGGAGAACAAACAAUUGCGGUGAAGGUUCUUGACCUUUUAAAAAAUGGAGCUUCAAAGAGCUUUCUUGCAGAAUGUAAAGUGUUGAGGAACAUACGCCACCGAAAUCUUGUUCCAAUUUUGACUUGCUGCUCGAGUUGUGAUUUUGCAGGUAAUGAAUUCAAAGCUUUGGUUUAUGAGUUCAUGGAAAAUGGGGAUUUGGAUAUGUGGUUGCAUGCACAUUCGUCUAAUGCAAGGACAACCGUUCUAAGUGUUCUUCAAAGGUUAAACAUUGCAAUUGAUGUAGCUUCUGUAUUGCAUUAUCUCCAUGAUGAUUGUGAGCCAACGGUUAUUCAUUGUGAUCUAAAGCCAAGUAACAUUCUGCUUGACAAAGAUUUAACUGCUCAUGUUGGAGACUUUGGUAUAUCGAGACUUUAUUCACAUACAAUUGGAGAUCCAAUAGGUGAACAAACUAGUACCAUUGGAUUAAAGGGGUCAAUUGGUUAUAUUCCACCAGAGUACGGGAUAGGAGCAAAGGCAUCAACUUUUGGAGAUGUGUAUAGCUUUGGAAUCCUUUUGCUGGAAAUGUUCACAGCUAAGAGACCCACGGAUGAUUUAUUCAAUGGUGAAUGUAGCAGUCUUUGUGAGUAUGUGGAGUUGGCGUUGCCCGAGGAAGUGAUAGAGAUAAUAGACCCAUUGCUUUCAGCAUGCCUAGAAAGCAAUCAUGGACUAAUACCGGAUGUAGAGUUGGGGAAUAAUGGCAAUUUGGUGGAAAUUGAAGAAAGCAAGGUCCAUAACUUCUUCCGCUCCAUCUUCAAAAUUGGACUCACUUGUGCUUCAAGAUCACCAAUGGAUCGCAUGCAUAUGAAUGAAGUGAGCAGAGAAUUACAAAAGAUUAAGAAGACCUUCUUUGCAUAAAAUUAUGCAAACAUGUUUUGUGACAUACAAUAUCUCCAUUGGUAGAAAAAUAGAAAUUAAGAAAAGCUUGUUUUCCAAUUUGUCUAAUAUAUGUUGCUCUAAAUUUCUUUAAUUUUGAUUUAAACGUUUCUUGGAUUCUUCUUUAGUUGUAUGAUGGGGAACAAGCUAAGCUCCAAGUAUUAUCUAUGUUCUUAUAUUAAAUGCAUGUUGUGGUUUGGUUGAAAUUUUAUA